AUGUGCGGCGGCGAAGCCGGGCGCCGGGCGAGGAUGGCAAGCUCCGCUCUUUCCUUUCCCAGGUGGGUAAUUUCUUCUCCCAGCCUCACCAGAGAUUGGCAGAGCUGCUGCAAGAGGCACCAUGAAUUACUCUAAUCUCUGCUCCGUGUCUCCUAUAUCCCACCCUGCUUCUGGCGCUCCCAGGGCCUCUGCCCCCUUGCCAAUACUGCCCGAGGGCGUCUCUUUCCUGGCGUAGAAUCAGUGCCAGCUGUGGGGUAAGAGCAAGGGUCAGGCCUAGGCAAGCAGGGGAAGCAUUUCCCUCCAAAAAUAAUACGUCCGUUUAAGCUGAACAGAUGGCAGGGCAGGGAAAGGAGAGGUGGGGGGCAGUUGGGGGCCAUCUGGAGAAUACCACGAUUCGCAUUCAGAUCUCCUACACGAUAGAACUGCAAUUGGCUGCAAAAGCAAGUGGCUAAAAUUUUGCAGCCCCCAUUAGUAUGUGGGGCUGGUGGGGUGCAGGAGGACGGCGUGAAGCACCACCUUUAAAGCAGAGGUGUUCAAACGGGACCAUUUUAAGAGAUGUGGACUUCAACUCCCAGAAUUCCCCAGCGAAUAGCACAGCUGGGAAGACAUGUGUGCACUGGAAUUACACCAAGGCCUCCCUCCAGGCGCCGCCGCUGGACUUCUCCUUCCGAGGCAUCAGCUUCAUGCAAGACCUGCUGACGGAGGAGCCCCGUCCUGGGCCCAGGGCCAUCCGGCGCUUGGAGGGGGGCCGCCUGCUGACCCAGGCCGUUCGGCUCAACAACAACACCCUGAACGACCUGACGGAUUUCUCAGACAUCAUGGAGAAGCUGCUGGAGUAUCCCCUGGACAUCUACUGGAUCGACCUCUCCUUCAAUGACCUGCCCAACAUCGACCCGGUGCUGACCACCUACUACAACCUCCGGAAUCUGAACCUUCACGGGAACAGCAUCCAGCAUCUCUCCGAAGUGGACAAGCUGGCCGUCUUGCCUCACCUGCGCAACCUGACCCUGCACGGAAACCCCAUCGAAGAGGAAAAGGGCUACAGGAGCUACGUCCUGUCCACCUUGCCCCAGCUGAAGUCCUUCGAUUUUAGCGGCGUCACCAAACUGGACCGCAGCACCGCAACCGUCUGGAGGCGCAUGAACAUCAAGCCGAAAGUGAUCCGGAAGAAACGGGAACGCUACUGAUGGACAACCGCCUUCCUGAGGAAUAAAGCUUUAGAGUAGCUUCA